GGGCGGCACUGCCACAGUCUGGGCAGCGGCGGCCGGGGGAGCGCUACUACCAUGAACUGCCUGGUGCUCCUCCCCAGAGCUGCUCAUCCGGGUCGGGCUGGAGACACAGUCAGGGGACCCCGCCGCCGCCGCCGCGCCCCCUCUUCUUUCGGCUCGGUCUCUUCCACCUUUUCCUCCUCUUCCUGCACCUUCUCUUCCUGCUUCCCCCCCUCCCCCGCCGCGGAUCCUGGCCGCUGCUCGUCAGACCCAGGAUGCCGGGGGGCAAGAGAGGGCUGGUGGCACCGCAGAACACAUUUUUGGAGAACAUCGUCAGGCGCUCCAGCGAAUCAAGUUUCUUACUGGGAAAUGCCCAAAUUGUGGACUGGCCUGUAGUUUAUAGUAAUGACGGUUUUUGUAAACUCUCUGGGUAUCAUCGAGCUGAUGUCAUGCAGAAAAGCAGCACUUGCAGUUUUAUGUAUGGGGAACUGACAGACAAGAAGACCAUUGAGAAAGUCAGGCAGACUUUUGACAACUACGAGUCAAACUGCUUUGAAGUUCUUCUGUAUAAAAAAAAUAGAACUCCCGUUUGGUUUUACAUGCAAAUUGCACCAAUAAGAAAUGAACACGAGAAGGUGGUCCUGUUCCUAUGCACUUUCAAGGAUAUUACGUUGUUCAAACAGCCCAUAGAGGAUGAUUCAACGAAAGGUUGGACAAAAUUUGCCCGAUUGACACGGGCUUUGACAAAUAGCCGGAGUGUUUUGCAGCAGCUUACGCCAAUGAAUAAAACAGAGGUGGCCCACAAGCACUCGCGAUUAGCUGAGGUUCUUCAGCUGGGAUCGGAUAUCCUUCCUCAGUAUAAACAAGAAGCGCCAAAGACGCCGCCACACAUUAUUUUACACUACUGUGCUUUUAAAACUACGUGGGAUUGGGUGAUUUUAAUUCUUACCUUCUACACCGCCAUUAUGGUUCCUUACAACGUUUCUUUCAAAACAAAGCAGAAUAAUAUAGCCUGGUUGGUGCUGGACAGUGUGGUGGAUGUUAUAUUUCUGGUUGAUAUCGUUUUAAAUUUCCACACAACUUUUGUGGGGCCCGGUGGAGAGGUCAUUUCUGAUCCUAAACUCAUAAGGAUGAACUAUCUGAAAACUUGGUUUGUGAUCGAUCUGCUGUCUUGUUUACCUUAUGACAUCAUCAAUGCCUUUGAAAAUGUGGAUGAGGGAAUCAGCAGUCUCUUCAGUUCCUUAAAAGUGGUGCGUCUCCUACGACUGGGCCGUGUUGCUAGGAAACUGGACCACUACCUAGAAUAUGGAGCUGCAGUCCUUGUACUCCUGGUGUGUGUGUUUGGACUUGUCGCCCACUGGCUGGCCUGCAUAUGGUAUAGCAUCGGAGACUAUGAGGUCAUCGAUGAAGUCACCAACACCAUCCAAAUAGACAGUUGGCUGUACCAGCUGGCCUUGAGCAUUGGAACUCCAUAUCGGUACAAUUCCAGCGCGGGGAUAUGGGAAGGAGGACCCAGCAAGGAUUCUCUGUAUGUGUCCUCUCUCUACUUUACCAUGACAAGCCUUACAACCAUAGGGUUUGGAAACAUAGCUCCUACCACAGAUGUGGAGAAGAUGUUCUCAGUGGCCAUGAUGAUGGUUGGCUCUCUUCUUUAUGCAACUAUUUUUGGAAAUGUUACCACAAUUUUCCAGCAAAUGUAUGCCAACACUAACCGGUACCAUGAGAUGCUGAACAAUGUUCGGGACUUUCUGAAACUCUAUCAGGUCCCCAAAGGCCUCAGUGAGCGAGUCAUGGAUUAUAUUGUCUCAACGUGGUCCAUGUCAAAAGGCAUCGACACGGAGAAGGUCCUCUCCAUCUGUCCCAAGGACAUGAGAGCGGAUAUCUGUGUUCAUCUAAAUCGGAAGGUUUUUAAUGAACAUCCUGCUUUUCGACUGGCCAGCGACGGGUGUCUGCGAGCCUUGGCAGUAGAGUUCCAAACCAUUCACUGUGCUCCUGGCGACCUCAUUUACCAUGCUGGAGAAAGUGUGGAUGCCCUCUGCUUUGUGGUGUCGGGAUCCUUGGAAGUCAUCCAGGAUGAUGAGGUGGUGGCUAUUUUAGGAAAAGGUGAUGUAUUUGGAGACAUCUUCUGGAAGGAAACUACCCUUGCUCAUGCCUGCGCGAACGUGCGGGCUCUGACAUACUGUGACCUGCACAUUAUCAAGCGAGAAGCCCUGCUCAAGGUCCUCGACUUUUACACAGCUUUUGCAAACUCAUUCUCCAGGAAUCUCACUCUGACGUGCAAUCUAAGGAAACGGAUCAUCUUCAGAAAAAUCAGUGAUGUAAAGAAGGAGGAGGAGGAGCGCCUCAGGCAGAAGAACGAGGUAACUCUCAGCAUCCCUGUGGACCACCCAGUCAGAAAGCUCUUCCAGAAGUUUAAGCAGCAGAAGGAGCUUCGGAAUCAGGGCUCAACACAGAUUGACCCCGAAAGGAACCAGCUGCAGGUGGAAAGUCGCUCCUUACAGAAUGGAGCAUCCAUCACCGGCACCAGUGUGGUGACCGUCUCCCAGAUUACUCCCAUUCAGACAUCUCUGGCCUAUGUGAAAACCAGUGAAUCCCUCAAGCAGAACAACCGCAAUGCCAUGGAACUCAAGCCCAAUGGCGGUGCUGCUGAUCAGAAGUGUCUCAAAGUCAACAGCCCCAUAAGAAUGAAGAACGGAAAUGGCAAAGGGUGGCUGCGGCUCAAGAACAACAUGGGAGCCCAUGAGGAGAAAAAGGAAGACUGGAAUAACGUCACCAAAGCUGAGUCCAUGGGGCUCUUGUCGGAGGACCCCAAGGGCAGUGACUCAGAGAACAGUGCAACCAAAAAUCCAUUAAGGAAAACAGAUUCUUGUGACAGUGGAAUUACAAAAAGUGACCUUCGUUUGGAUAAGGCUGGUGAGGCCCGAAGCCCACUAGAGCACAGCCCCGUUCAGGCGGAUGCCAAGCACCCCUUUUACCCCAUCCCCGAGCAGGCCUUACAGACCACACUGCAGGAAGUCAAACACGAACUCAAGGAAGACAUUCAGCUGCUCAGCUGCAGAAUGACUGCCCUCGAAAAACAGGUGGCAGAAAUUUUAAAAAUACUGUCAGAAAAAAGCGCACCCCAGGCCUCAUCUCCCAAAUCCCAAAUGCCACUCCAAGUACCUCCCCAAAUACCAUGUCAAGAUAUUUUUAGUGUCUCAAGGCCUGAGUCCCCUGAAUCGGAUAAAGAUGAAAUCCACUUUUAAUAUUAUACCUAUAUAUUUGUUAAUAUAUUUAAAACAGUAUAUACAUCUAUAUACAUAUGUGUGUAUAUACAGUAUAUACAUAUAUAUUUUCACUUGCUUUAAAUAUGACGAACACAAUAUGGAUUUUGAUAUGUACAUAUUGCAUGUCCAGCUGGAUUCUGGCCUGCCAAAGAAGAUAAUUAUUAAAAACAUAGAUAUUGCUUGUAUAUUAUGCAGUUGACUGCAUGUACACUUUACAUUUAUUUAUAAUCUCUAUUGUAUAAUAAGAAAGUAUGAUUUUUGUUAACUAAGGCGAUAUAAUAUUUGAAGAAUCAGGGUCCAACCUGCCAAUGUUGCCGUGACAAAUUUGAUCUCAGGCUAAGUAUAUCAAGCUGUCAUUUCUUCGCUCUUCUGUUAAGUUAAAAUUAUAGAUUAAUGCCAAGGAAGAGUUCUACUUUUUAAACUGGUUAGUACCAUUUUCUGAUCGCUUUCCAUAGGAUAUUUUUCCGUAACUUAGUGUUAGGUUAUUUCCCCCUACAGGCAGUGUUUGCUCCAUUUAAAUGACUUUUGUUGCCUAUGGCAAAUAGCAAUGUGGGAUAUUGAAAACUUAUUGCUAUGGGUUUUGUGCAUGAAUUGCAUUUUCACUCAACUCUACCGCUCCUUUUUUUUGACAUUAUACUUAGAUAGUAGCCAUCAGUUCUGAGGUAAGGAAAUCCCAACUUGCCCUCUCUUGGAGAAGAGCUGCCAUCUUGUCAGCUGUCAUUACCGACACCGUCAAUACUCCACUGUUGAUAUAGUGUAUAGUAUUAUAGAAAUACUGCAGAACAGGGUAUAAGGGCCUUUUACCAACUUGUGUUAGAGAUACCAAAUUUCCACAGGUGAUGAAUGUUCUACAUGUAUAUUUCCAAAACUUGUUCAGGGGUGAAUUGAAAGGCUCUUAGCAAAGAAACACAUACAAAAUUUUUACAGUAUGGUAGCAAAAUUUUAACUGUUUUACUACAGAAUUUUUAAAAGGAAUGUAAACAGAUAGGCAUGUUUUGUAGCAUAUCUGUAAUUUAAAGAGUGAAAAGACGCGCACAGAAUUGUUGACACGUGAUUCGUACUGUUUGACGGAUAACGCAGGAAACGUAACAAACCAGCCAACCAAGAAGUAGGUGUUAAGUUGCUUGACUCAGAUAACUACUUUUCAGUGAUUUUAUUCUGGUUACAAUUUUCUAAAGCUUACUUUGCACAUAGUUCUACUGCUGAACGUCUGCUGGGUUGGUACAAUAGACUACUGUGGCUCAGGCAGAUCACUUAUGAAAGGGUAAGUCAAGACUGAGCUUUGGAGUCUUUUGUGUUACAAAUCCUCUUCUUAGAAAGUGCCUAUUAUCAACUAAAAAAGAAGUCACAAAAAGAAGACGACAAUUGUGUUGUCUAUGGCUCGUCCCUUCAAUCAUAUGCAUUCAGAAUAAAAUAUACAUUCAUUUCUAAAUACAGAAAAAUUGAGUAAAGUGUAGUUUAUGAAGUUGUUCAGAGAGGCAUACUUUUAAACCAGAGCAUCAAUGGUAUUGAAUAUUGGAAGAGGGGGAGUCAGUGUUGGUAUCAAGUUGAAAGUAUGUACCAAUAAUUUGUAUAUAUUGGACCAUCUGUACAUAGGCAUUAACAUACGAAAGAAGGUGGCGAAGUGAAAUGGUCUACUAUAUCCAUUUUCAUGAGCUUUUCUAUCUUUCAGUGUCUCCAACCAAACUCAUUAGAAUUGAAAGAUGAGUCAUCAUAAUCAGACUGGAGAAGUACGAAAUGGUACUUUGCUCUGUUUUAGAAUUUCCAUUUGAACUUGUUCACAUGCCUCCAAGAUGUGCCUCUCUAGGAGCCUAGCAGCAUAGUGUGUACUGUGGGUUCCAGUUUCCAUUUCCUUGUGCAAGUAGCUUCCCUUACCCCCAAUGGAACUUUUCAUGGACCAUGUCUUCAUGCUAUGCUUCAAUAUCUACCUACCGUAGAUAUAAGAAAAUGAAAUAAUUGUGGUCUAUAAAGU